AUGGCUCUCAGGAUUCUGAACCAGCUUUACACCUUCAAUGGACAACAUGUAGUUGAUGCACAAAAAAUUGACUGUGGUUCCAAGUGUGCGUACCGCUGCAGCAAGUCAAGUAGGCCGAAUUUGUGCAACAGGGCGUGCAACACAUGCUGUAGCCGCUGUAACUGCGUUCCACCGGGCACCGACGGCAACAGGGAAGUCUGUCCUUGCUAUGCUAACAUGAAAACCCAUGGCGGUCGUCCCAAGUGCCCGUAG